AUGUACGUGGACGAUGGCCAGCUGGCGCUGACCACGGUCACAUGGGAACCGAACGUGCCAGACUGCGUGGCUCCGCUGCUACCUGUUGACCAGUGUCUUUGUCCGUCGAUUGCUAACCGCAUGACCCAGUGUUCCAGUUAUGUACACAGGUGCACUUUUACGUUGGUUGUCGACUGGCACUUCAGGAACGCUAUCCACUUGUCCUUUAAACCUGGCCAUUGUCACACCGUUUUUCAAGUUCUCGUUGAAACAAAUCAGUUCAUCAUUUAA